CCUUCUGCACCCUCCCUCCCCAAUAGUGUUCAACUCACUCUCUAUCUUGUCUCACAUCCGCCACCACAGUCAGUGCCCCUCCCUUGCAUUCAAAUGCACCCUCCAGUCCCAGACUACAGAUGGCCCACCCUAUCCUGUUCUGUGUAUAUUUCUACUAGCAGCACCCUUUUUUCACUGGAAGAAACAUUUCAGGUUCUCCUAAGAAGGCCAUCAACAAACUCACCACUGCGAAGGAAAACCAGAAGUGAAGUAACCCAAACCAACGGACACCAGAGUUUAAAUGACAGGCAGGAAAAUACAAUAGCGCUUCAAUCGGAGGCUGCACUGCUAUGUUACCCAGCAAGAGGAAAGACCAAGAGAGGAAAAUAAAAGGAAAAAGAAAAAAAAAAUCUAAAAAUUUGCCAUCCUCAAAACAGCUAAAGACAAUUCGCAACUUGAACGAAUGAAACUCCACACUUUCAUUGCUGACCUUCUGGCGGAGGUGAUUGGACAUUCCAAUAGAGCUCAAAAGGAUACUACCACUGUUAAUUGCCAAAUAUAACAAACUGUUUUAUGGACAAAUAAUGUGAAAAUACAACAAAUUCAUAAGAAUUAUGGGAAUGUUCAGGGUGAGAUUUGCUUUAUGAAGCAAACAAUGGUGUAGCACAUAUCUACCAGCAACUUGUGGAAAUUUACAAUUCACAGGAAAUCUCUUUGUCACAAGCAGCUGGCUGACUGGCGUAUUAAUAACUUUUCUGAUGAAGGGUCUAGGCCCGGAACAUCAGCUUUUGUGCUCCUAAGAUGCUGCUUGGCCUGCUGUGUUCAUCCAGCUCCACACUGUUAUCUCUAUUAUUAAUAACAGUUCACAUCUUUCAACUUUUUUUUUCAGCAAAAUCUGUUCCAUGACAUGCUUUCAAAAUUUCACCUAUAAUUUACCUUAUUGUUGUCCAAACUAGGAAGGAAAUUAAACUAAGCUGAAUAGGAGCAACUCUAUUUUUUCACUGGAUAACAACUCUAGGAAAGUACAGUGUUGUAAGAUACAGCUAUUCAGCAUGUAAUCUUGUUACAAAGGAGAAAACAAGCAAACAUCCUCCUAUUCUGUUAGUAAGGUGAAGAAAUUCCCCUCAGAUGUGUUUUCUGUAGAGGUAGCUCUAACACUGGGUGUCAAUAACCAGUUAAGUUUUACAAAGUCUGUCAGUCAUCGAACUAAAUGUUUUUUCGCAGUAUGACAUGUAAUUAACAGUCAACAGUAGGUGAACUGAGCAAAACAAAUGGCACUUUUGAUUCUUCUAGUGAAUAAUGACCUUUGAUGGAGCAUUAGAAGCUUCGGUGACAAGCAGUAAAUGAGGAAUCUUUACAGAGUAGGUGGCAAUCUAAAAGCAAAACACCCAGUGUUACAGUCAAAAUAUCAAAUGGUCAGCACAUUUUAGUGCUGUUUUUCUUCUGUGGAAUCCCAAUUUUACUGAUAUCUACUUAUACAAUAUUUACAGUAGUUUCCUACUGGCACCCAGCCACCAGAUUCAGGACAUUCUGUUUUUACAAGUUAUGUUCUAAAGGGACUUACUCAGACUCUUUGCUGCCAUCCACAGAGCCAGCUUCUUUAUCCUGUCCUAGUAUACUGAUCCCAAGAGAGUUUAAAGCACGCAGCAAAAUAGUUUCCAUAGCUUCUACUGACAGCUUCUCAAGAACGAUGACACGGCAACGACUCAGUAACGCUGAAUUGAUCUGAAAGGAAGGGUUCUCUGUUGUCGCACCAAUCAGUGUGAUUGUUCCACACUCGACGUGAGGCAGCAAUGUGUUCUGAGAUUUGGAGAAAGAGAAAGUUGUUAUCACAAAAAAAGACUGAAAAUAGUGCAAGAGGAAACAUCUGCAAGCCAGUAAAGUGAGAUAUUUGUGGAAAAACAUGAAAGGUGGGCACGAACAGGCGAGAUACGAAGAUAUAAAGUUGAUGGCGUCCAAUAAAUCAUGGAAGGUGUCUCGGUUGAAGGAAAUCAACAAGCAAUCCAGCAGUAGAAGGUUGGGGAAAAUGGCUUUCUUUCAUUACUCGGAGAGAGUGGAAACUAUGAGAAAUUUCUGGGAAGAAAAAACCAGCGAGCCAGACAGUAACACUGAGGACGAUGAGGGGAAAGAUCAGCAGUUUGGUGAUGUGAAAGGGAAGCAAAACGUAAAUAUUAAAGAAGUUAAAUCCCAACAGAAGAAAAAGCCUCCAGAUUCUACAGCACUGUUUGAUCAGGAGGAUGCAGAUAGCUUCUCUGAUCAAAAGAUCAAAAAAUUAAAUACAGAAAAUGCCAACAGCUCGAGUGUCUUUCAGGAUCCGAACAAUAUCAGAGGCCAAGCAGAAUGCAAAAAUGUUGCAAAAUUAAAAGGAAAGCCGUUUCAGAAAGAUGUAAGUGUCUUUGGGCCACAAUCUUCCAGAUUGGCAGAGGGCACCUUCUCAACAGUUACUCCAGAAAUUACUGAAUCCGUUUUAGAUAUUUAUGCCAGUAAUGAAAAGAAGGAAGACGCAGCUGUAAAAGAACAAUGUGACAUUGAACCUGAGAAGAGAUUUAGCACUGCAGAGAACCAAACAAGGAUCAACAGACAAAUUGAUGAAAGGACAGAGAAAAACAAUGUUAUGUAUGAAAAUAUUGUUGAUAAUAGGCCCAUGGAAAAAAUGCCAGCAAAGGAAGAUGAUGGAAAUAUUAAUAAGGAGUUAAUGAGUGAACCAAAGUCAGAAGAAAGAAAGGAGAAUGUAAUAGAUGAAGAAAAUGAAGAAACAGAAAGCAACUGCAUAAAAGUUGAUGAAAGCAAUGAAGAGGCCAUAGGCACUAUUCUUGAAAGCACAGGCUCCGAGCUUACUAUUACUGAAAGAUGCAAAGUGAAGAAUACAGUGUCACAGGUAGAUGAACUAUCUAAGGAUCAGGAUACUGUUUGCCAUGGCAAAAACUGCACGGUGUUGCUAAACAGAUAUGAAGAUAGUGAAAGAGAAGCUGAAGCUUUAUUAGCAGCUGCAGCAGAACCUGAGGAAGGAACAUCACAGAAUACUGAGCCACAUGCAGUCAAAGGUCUGAGUACCAUCAAUAAAAAAAGAGGGACUGGGGAAAAUUCACUUAACGAUGACAACAAGAAAAGCAGAGUGGAGGAAAAAGGCUGCAACCAGGAAGCCACAACUGAACCUGCUUCAUGUCUGAGCAGUGCAACAUCCACAGUUGGCCAGAAAGAAAUUAACCAGACAACCAAGGAGUGUCCACACAUUGUGAUCGAUGAUGGCCCUGCUCCGCCUGCCCCAUUUGAACAUCGGAUUGUCUUGGCCAACAUGGAACAAAUCAGCAAUUACUAUACAAUCUACAAAUCUGAAGUCCUUGGAGGAGGACGGUUUGGACAAGUGCACAAAUGUGUAGAAAAGUCUACCGGUCUUACCUUGGCAGCCAAAAUUAUCAAAACCAAAGCAGCAAAGGAGAAGGAGGAGGUAAGGAAUGAAAUCCAAGUCAUGAAUCAACUGAAUCACACAAACCUCAUCCAGCUGUACGAUGCUUUUGAAUCAAAGAAUGAUAUCACUCUGAUCAUGGAAUAUAUCGAUGGAGGGGAACUAUUUGACAGGAUUAUAGAUGAAAGCUAUAAUUUAACAGAAAUGGAUACAAUUCUGUUUGUAAAACAGAUUUGCGAAGGACUUCAAUAUAUGCACCAGAGGUACAUCCUUCAUCUGGAUCUAAAGCCUGAGAAUAUUUUGUGUGUCAAUCGGGAAGCCAACCAAGUGAAGAUAAUUGACUUUGGCUUGGCCAGAAGAUAUAAACCAAGAGAAAAAUUAAAAAUCAACUUUGGUACUCCAGAAUUCCUUGCUCCUGAAGUUGUGAAUUAUGACUUUGUUUCAUUUCCCACGGAUAUGUGGAGCCUUGGGGUGAUUACCUAUAUGUUGCUGAGUGGACUCUCUCCGUUCCUUGGAGAUGAUGACAGUGAGACCCUCAAUAACAUUCUUUUCUGUAAAUGGGACUUAGAUGAUGCAGAAUUUGAAAAUGUCUCUGAAGAUGCCAAAGAAUUCAUAUCAAAACUUCUCAUUAAAGAAAAGGGUGCAAGAAUCAGUGCCACCCAGUGCCUCAAACAGCCCUGGCUAAAUAACAUAGCAGAGAAAGCUAAACAAUGUAAGGUUCGUCUCAAGUCCCAGAUCCUUCUUCAGAAAUACAUGGUGCGACGGCUGUGGAAGAAGAACUACUAUGCAGUAACUGCUGCAAACCGAUUGAAGAAAGGUAGUUCUGGGACAUUGGCUUCCAUUGAAGGUUGAAUAUCUGCUGCUUGGAUCUAUGGCCGAGUGCACUUUUCUUCGUAGGACAGUAGUACACAGGACUUGUAUCACUGCCUUGCCAAAAUGCCUUCAUUUACUCUUCUACUCUAACGUAAUUUGGUUCAGGUUUAGGAAUCCAUGUUUAGGCAACAAAAUAAUAUAAUGGCUGUCAUUGGGAUUUAUUUAUCUUUCUAAGAAGGGAGUGAUGUUUUGGUGUGAUUGUAGUUAUCUUAAUAAUGUUCUUGUUAUUCAUAUCAGUUUUAUGGCAUGUCUUUUUGAAGCUAAGCUACAUUUUUAUAUGCAAGUUGUAGUUAUCAUCAUUUUAAGGCAUCAACAAAUUAAGCACAAGGGACAGCAUACCUAUCCUCAAAUUCAAAGGAUCCCUGUAUUAAGGUUUCCGCUCCUCCAUGGAGAUGGUGGUGCUAAACUAGAUUAACAAGCCAGAGGACAUGGUUCAUAUCCUAAACAAGAGCAACUCAUGAAACGUAAAAACUUAAAGUGUAGGAGCAGAAGUAGGUCAGCGGCCCUUUGAGUCUACUCCACCAUUCAGUGUGAUCAUAACGAUCAUCCAACUCAGUACAUGUGGAAGUUAAAUUCUGUUAACAAAUUUGGAAUAUAAAGUCAGUCUUGCUAAACAUGACAACUAUUGUUGAAUAGUGUAAAAAUUCUGGUUUACUAACGACCUAAAGUGGAGGAAAUCUGACCUUCUGGCUUGGCCUUCAUGUGACUUCAGACUCAGAACAAUGUCAGCCUCCCUCUGCAAUGACCAAUCAAGCAACUCAGUUUCAAGGGCAUGUGAGAUGGGCAGUGAGCCUUGCCUGUGAUGAUGGUCAAUCCAUGAAAGAACUCAAGAUAAACGUCAGCAUGGAGAAGCUGUGAAUUGAAUGACUCCUAAACUUGAUUUUUCCUUAAUCCUCUGCAGAUCUGGAAAAUCACAAUUGUUACAGAAACUUCUUAAAAGAUAUUUUCAAAGUUCCAGUUAGUCAAUGACAUGGUAAUUGUAUGUCUUGGGUCAGUUGACAGCAUUAGGACUGUGUCACUGCCACUCUCUUAUAGGAUUUCCUAAUUUAUCUAUAUUUACCAUUUUAUUGUCUCACCAUACUGAACACUUUACAGAUGUUUGGAUUCUUGGUUUCAUUAGCAAGCAGUUGAAAACAGCCCUUGUGACUUUUCAUAGUAAGAUUGUUUGAUGUUGCAGUGUCGCUGUUUGUCCCAGCUUUACUGAGUGCUGCAUGAACAUAGGCACAGCAAUUAGUUGUCAGCAGUCCACAGUUAUUUAUGAGGGUUGAGCUCCCAAUGGGUUCUGCCUGUCUCUGCUGGCAUUUUAAGCAAAAUUUCAACAAAAAAGUUACCAAGGACUGGCUGCCAAACAACUGAAUUGCUGGGAAAAGACUCCGCUAUCAGCUUUUUAUAAAUCAACCCCCGGGCAGUCUCAUUGGCAAUUAGAGCUGAGUCUAAAUGAAUGAAAAUCUGUUUUCUCUCCAACCCCGACGUAAAUGGGUGUUAGUAAGAAAACUCUACUCUUGACUGUACUUGCUGGGAUAGCAGGAAGAUCAAGCUGUGCACACCAAAGACUUUUGACCUGCCUCUCUGUCCAUUUCUAAUCAAUGGAUGAAACAUUGUGUUACAUUAUCUCCACACAAAACAGCAAUUGUACUGUUCUCAAAGGUGCCUUUAAAAUAAUUUAGAUGUUUGAAGAAGACGUAAUUGUAAUUUUCUGUCCUAACCUACAUAAUUGCAAUUUCACCAAAGCAGAUGUUGGAUCUGAUUUUAUUUUCAUUCACCAUUUAACAUGUUUUCUCUGUGGAGGGUAGUAAUUGCUAACAUAGUAAACUCAGUGCAGCCAGUCCUUGAAGCAAGCAUUUCCCACCGAGAGUUAUCUGAAAUUAGCCAGUGAGUUAUCCUGGAGUACCGAGUCACUCACCUAACAGCAAGUUACAGAGCAGCAUUCCACCAAGUACAUGGGGAAUAGGUUACCUCUGGGGAACAGUAUCAGCACAGGGGGAAUCCUCGAGGAGUGGAAAACCGUGAGUGAGUGGAUGAGGAAACACAAUUAAUUUGAAGCCCAUUAAGGUAACAAAACAUACAACAGCACAAGAAAAAAGACUAAUGAUAUGGAACCUUAAAUAGUAACUUGUGACCUGUGUAUAGUUGUUAAGUUUAUCUGUAUUUAGUACAAAUAACUUUUGGGCACAUUAUUUUUAGUGUCUGGCUCUAAAAAGGUACGAAACACUUCAGUUAGUUUAUUUUAAGCAUAUCAUAAAUUCAGCUUACAUCUCUUGCAGGUAUCUAGAAAGUUUAAAGUUUUGUCAUCCAGAAGGUAUUCUGUUCCUCUAAAUUUGCAAAAGAAAUUAGCUCCUGUAUCAUAUUUUCUUUCUAAUUUAAAUCGAAGCAAGCAAAUUGGGUUGUAACAAUGUUUUCAAAGCUACUGUAACAUGAAACUUUGUUUGUGAAACGCAUUUGGUUGAAAUAUAAUAUUCUAACGUUCCAUUCUAAUCUCACUGUAUUUUCACUGCGGAUUAUCUCAUUGUUUUGACUCUGUCAGCCCUGUUGACUAUGAGGGUGUUAAUGGAAUUGUAGAAAUAUUAUCAACUUACAUUUUCCCAUUUGUAAUUUUUUUUUGAGGUACUGAAAUCAAUAUUUAGGCUAUGAAUUGCUGAAUAACAGGACAAAGUUCAUGUGAUUGCUAAAAGCAGCUUUAAAAUAAUUAUUUUGAAUGUUAAGGCUUGCAGUACACAUUGUGCAAACUAUUGAAAAAAUACAUGUUACAAAUUAAAAUGAGUUUUUGCAUAAUUUAAUAAUACACUUGCAAAGUUAUGUUUAUUUCCCUUAAUUAUAUGGGAUUUAGAUUGUUUACCGUUAUGCAUUGCGGGGUGAAUAACUGCAUUCUAUUUUGUACAUUUAUGAAACAUUUCAUUUGAUGUGACAAUAUAAAUACAGUAGAAUUGCAUUAGUAUCCUAUCAUGAAAGAAGUCUGCAGAUAUGUUCUUGACAUGUUGUGGAGACUUUUGACAGUGUUUUUAUCCAGCCAUGUUUCAAAUAUAUUGAAGGAAAGAAAAAUAUAACAGAAAUGACACAAAUGCUUGAAUCUGUGGAAGCAAAUGGUUGGAUUUAACACCCAAUGAGUGCAAAAGGCUUUAGAUGUGUUUUUUUUGUGUGUUUCUGUCACGGUUACUUUCUUCCAUUCAGACCAGAGGAUGUCUGCCAAAUUCUGACAAUAUUGCAUGUUUUCCAGUCUUUUUACUCAAAGUAUCUUCUGAAUGUGAGUCGCGUUGCAUGCCUGAGUUCAGAAACUGGAGAAUGUUCUCCUCACUUGCCAUCAAGACUGGGCUGUCAACAGAUAACUGUCAAGUGUAAAAUGUCACAUUGCAAGGGAGCACUGAGCAUACUACUUAUAUGUCAUAGUUAAAAUGCUGAUGGUGUUUCAUAAUUGGCAGCAUUGACUGUGGAAUCCCUAUAGGAUGUACUGGCGUCUGGUUUCAAGACUUUUAAAUGUCACUUCAACACACUGAACCCUCAUUGUAAUGUACCCUUUAUGUCUUCAGCUUAAUGGACUAUUCGUAUGUACACCUUUCAGAGCCACAUGAGGUUUUUUUUGCAUGAAGGAGCCAAGCUUUUACAGCAGUGUGAUUGUUCUAAAUAAACCAUCUGGGUAAGAAAAAA